AUGGAUGCCAGCUUAUUCCCUCCCACCUCUGUUCAAACACUAGCGAUAGAGGCCAACAAAGAGGUCCAAGGAUCACUACCAGAUUCGAUCACCAAACUCACGAUCAUGCUGGGAGUCAAGGGCACGGUUGCAGUCGGUGUCAUUCCAGAAUCAGUCCGAUCACUCACACUGACCACCCAACAACCCCUGGCACCUGGUACCAUUCCAAAAUCAGUCCGAUCACUCACACUUUACACUCUACAACCUCUGGCACCUGGAACCAUUCCACAAUCUGUAACAAAGCUGUCGGCACCCAGGUUCAUGAACUUUACACUUGGAUGCAUUCCAACAUCAAUCACAACACUGAUCCUUACCGGUUGUGACCAGACAGAGUGGCUUGUAGGACUGACCUCUUUGACAGCAUUGACAUUGAUGGAUAAUAAUAGUGCUACACUCCCAAAGCUUCCUACAUCUGUGACUUUGUUGCACCUUGGCAGGUACAACUUUCCACUCCGGGCUGGUGUACUGCCAGACACACUGACCAGUCUGAGAUUGGAUACAUACGAUCAUGAUCUCCAACCUAGAUCCCUACCAAGCCAGCUCAUCAGACUUGAACUUAAAACAUUCAAUAAGUUGAUUGAUGUUGCCAAUCAUCUUCCACCGACACUCAAAUAUCUAAAGAUGGAUAGUUUCAACAUGAGCCUCGACUUGAGUAGUUUGCCUUUGGUCGGCCUCGACCUGAGAGCGGCCUCGUGGGAGUGCAAGAUCCCACCGACGCUUACAUCACUCAUUUACACAAACUUCCACCCCAACUACAACAACUACCCACCUGGCCUAACCAAACUUGGCUGCAAUGGCAGUUUCCUCUGCCGUGGAUACAUGUUUCCGCCAUCCAUCACCAAACUAUUUAUUACACCAACCAUGUUGUUUGGGGAUCACCCGUGUCUAUCUUUUUGCCAUGGCAUAAAGAAGCUUACAACUACACACCUUGGAAGUAUUCUAUACAAUGGAUGCCAAGCUGUUAACAGCAACAAGUAUCCGAUCACGUUGAGACAGGUGACUGUGUUAUGCGAGGUCGGUUGUUCGGAGAUAUCAUUGUCACAGUUCAUCAAAUACUUGAUGAUACCCAAGCACUUGUCAUCACUCGUAGCAAUGGAGGGCAAGGGUGAGGGCGAGGAUAAGGGUAAGGGUUAG